CGCAGACGCAGACGCAGUGCUGGCGGGAGCCCGCAUGCGCAGUUGCUCCUGCACCGCGGCAACAUGGACGACGAGGAGGAGACGUACCGGCUGUGGAAGAUCCGCAAGACCAUCAUGCAGCUUUGUCAUGACCGUGGCUACCUGGUGACCCAGGAUGAGCUGGACCAGACACUCGAGGAGUUCAGGGCACAGUUUGGGGACAAACCUAGCGAAGGGAGACCGAGGCGCACAGACCUCACUGUACUGGUGGCCCACAAUGACGACCCCACAGACCAGAUGUUUGUGUUCUUCCCAGAGGAGCCCAAGGUGGGCAUCAAGACCAUCAAGGUGUACUGCCAGCGCAUGCAGGAGGAGAACAUCACGCGGGCGCUGAUCGUGGUGCAGCAGGGCAUGACGCCCUCCGCCAAGCAGUCGCUGGUGGACAUGGCCCCUAAGUACGUGCUGGAGCAGUUCCUACAGCAAGAGCUGCUCAUCAACAUCACGGAACACGAGCUGGUCCCUGAGCAUGUGGUCAUGACCAAGGAGGAGGUGACGGAACUGCUGGCCCGAUACAAGCUUCGCGAGAGCCAGCUGCCCAGGAUCCAGGCCGGGGACCCAGUAGCACGCUACUUUGGGAUCAAGCGAGGACAGGUCGUGAAGAUCAUCCGACCCAGUGAGACCGCUGGCCGCUAUAUCACCUACCGCCUGGUCCAGUAGCCCAGCUGCAGGUUAAAUCCUAGCACUCUGGAGACUGAGGCAGGAGGAUUGCUGCAACUUCAAAGCAAGUUUGUGGACUCUUUAGCAAGAACUGGUCCAGCCCCAGCGUUCUGGUAUGAGACCCUCGUCUGAAAAGCAAUAAAAAGGAACCCCCACACAGCGUGGGUCGUGCUCUGGAACCCCUGGGAGCCAGCUGAUCUGCCGUCCCAGCUCCCCAGCACCCUCCUGCCUGGCACCCUGAUGAACAGUGACCUUGUCCGCUGCUCCCAUGGGCCAUAACCUGUUAGCCUUUAGACCCAGUGUCUCGGGGGAUGUGUCCCUGGACAAGGCCAGCACUGCCACCAGGCGGCCAGCACCACAGGCCCUCCAUGUGCACCCCAAGUUCUUUGUCACUCUGGGGUCCCCAUCCUGCUUAGAGUUCUCCAUUCUCGUAGGACUCUGUUUUGAGAAUUAAAGAUAUUUUGAGGAGAUAAA